AUGACAGGAACCAGUCUGGAGGAGCUGCUGAGUGACCUGGGACUGGAACACCACCUGAGGAACAAGCUGACUCUGAGCCAGGUGCUGCAGAUUGAUGGAGAGACUUUAUCUGAUGAAAACAUCCAGUCUCUGAAAUCUCUGCCAUGGUGUUUCCUGAGGAAACUGAUGAUGGUGAAUGAGUCCUUUCGUAGAAUGAGCUGUACCUCGGAACAGGACACAGAGCCCCAAAAUCUGGAUAGUUUACUGAGCACUGAGCACAAUCCGCAGGACCACAGCAACAGAGUCAACCCCCUUGACCUCAUAACUGCUGUUUUUCUGUGCUCAGAUGGCUUUCUCCAGCAGGAGAUGGCUUUGAAAAUGUCCAUGUGCCAGUUCUCUGUGCCUCUGCUGCUUCCUACAUGUGAUACCCAGCAGUGCACUUUAAUGCUGUGGGCCAUGAGAGAUAUUGUGAAAAAGUACAAGCCACACUCUUUGGAGGACCAAAGAGGGUUUGUGGAGGAGAGCAUUGUUCUCUCUGACCUCCCCAUGGUCUCUUUUGUGAGGCUGGGAAACAGCAGCAUGUCCAAGUCUCACAUUCUGAACCAGGUCCUCAGCAACCCUCAGCAGUACCAGGACACCUUUGUUCACAAAAACAUGGAGUGUGGUGACACCCCAAGGAAGAUUUCCAAUGGGCUGGUGGAAAUCAGCUGGUAUCUGCCCAGUGGGAACAAACAAAUUGACAUCUUCUCUGAGCCUCUGGCUAUAGCUAACCUCCGUGGGGACCUCAGAGACUUUGAAACUCAGUACGCUUUCCUCUGCCGCACAUCGACUGCUAUAUUUGUGUUUUGCGACGACUUUAAGCUUGAACACAAAUUUCUGGACUCGCAGCACUUUAAGACCCCUUGGUUUUUGAUCAUCAAUUCACAGAGCCAGAGCUUCAAUGAGGAUGACUUCAAGAAAUUUGUUUCUGAGACAAAACCCAGUAACAUCAUCAUAAAGCAUUGGGGAAGGAAUGAUGCAGAAUUCAACAAAAACCUGCGUUUGGCUAUCCAGGGUAUUUUAGAGGGAAACAUAAAAAUGAGCAUUGAAAGGAUGUCUGCUCUUGCAUAUGAGCUUGGGAUCCAUGUUGAUGAAAAUUACAUCCACUGUAAGAGGGGCAAGCAGAAGGCUGAUGAAAUCACAGGAAGAAUAUCUGACAUACCGAGCUUCAAGGAGAAAGAGCUGCCCUUGCAAGGGACUGCAUGGAAACAGCUGGCAAAACUGGAGAAGGAACAGUGCAGGAUGAAAAAUGCUGAGGAGAAAAACAUAGAAGUUUACAAGAAUGAGCUUGCAGAUCAGAGGCAGGAGCUCAGAGAACAGCAGAGGGCUCACAGCAUCUCCGAUUCUAUGUCCCGUUUCAUCUCCGCGAUGUGCAAUUCCACAGAGGAGUGCAAGUAUUUCCUCAAGUGGAUGAGGAUCAAUCUGGAUAAUCUGUCACGCAAAAGCCUUCCACCUCUUUGGGCAAAGUACAAGGAAGAGUGUCAGAGUUCCUCAGAAAACAAGGAGCUCAUUGCACAGUUGGACAGGGAGAUCUCCAGCUGCUCCUUGGGGACGGAGCACUUCCUGAGGGAAAUGGGUCAGCUGUACGAGUCGGCCUGCUCACUCCCCAAGGCCCUCACCCCAGAGAUUAAGCGCCUGCCACGUCUCUGUGCCAAGCUGCUACAGGAGGGCUUUCCUCUUGAGCUGGUGGAUGGAGACUCAAGCAAUAUUCCUCUGGAGUGGGUGACACAGGUUCUGAAAGAACUCCAUGAUCUCACACAGGAUAAAUGUAAGAUCCGGGUGAUCACUGUUCUGGGGAUACAGAGCACUGGGAAGUCCACCCUCUUGAACACCAUGUCUGGGGUCCAGUUUGCUGUCAGUAGUGGCAGGUGCACCAGAGGGGCCUUCAUGCUCCUCAUCAGAGUGAAAGAGGAUUUUAAAGUGCGGCUUGGGUGUGAUUACAUCAUGGUUAUUGACACUGAAGGUUUGAAGGCACCACAGUUGGCACAGCUGGAUGACAGUCAUGAGCAUGAUAAUGAACUGGCCACUCUGGUGGUGGGGCUGAGUGACAUCACAGUCAUCAACAUCCCCAUGGAGAAUUCCAUGGAAAUGAACGAUAUCCUGCAGAUUGUGGUGCACGCCUUCCUGCGCAUGAAAGAAGUUGGGAGAAAACCCUGCUGUCAGUUUGUGCACCAGAAUGUGCCAGACAUCUCUGCCCAUGACAGUAACAUGAGAGACAGGAAGCUUCUGCUGGAGCAGCUGAAUGAGAUGACCCAAGCAGCAGCUAAGAUGGAAAAGAAGGGAAACAACAAAACAUUUACUGAUGUCAUGGAGUAUGAUCCAGAGAGAAACACCUGGUACCUCCCUGGGCUCUGGCACGGCAACCCUCCCAUGGCCCCUGUCAAUGCCAAGCUGAAGAUCCACAUCUGUGGACAUGCAGCACGGGAGUUUAAAAGAAUGCAUCUGGCUUUCAUCCAUGCAAAUGAUCCUCGUCACUGUCUGGAACAGUUCAAGCAACAGUACUACACAGACUUUAAGGACCUGUUCAACAAAAGAGACCAGUGUCAGAAGAAAGCCAAUGAUUUCACUUCCAACUGUCUUCAACCUGCGGUGAAGGAAUACAUCACCAAAUCUCUGGGCCCUGACCUUGUGGAUGAAAUGUUGGCAGGGCAGAAAGCCAUUGCUUUCAGCACUCGAACCUUCUUCCAGUUCUCAGUCCUUGAGCAGCUGCUUAAGGGUGAUAACUUUCAGGACUUUGUGAGAUACAUAAAAAAAUAUGAGACCUUUGUCCAUGACUGGAUAUUGAAGCUGAUGGUGAAGCAGUUCUCAGAGAGAGAUAGACUUGGGGAUAUUGAGAUGAAUCGCCUGAAGGUGAUGCUUAGCAGAAUAAAGGAAGCCAUUAAGAAUGCACAGAUGAAGGCAGCUGAACAGGCAGCAAGAAGGGGUGAGGAGACCCAGAACAUUCAGCAGUUCAUUCAGGAUAUCUGUAGUGACCUAGCUAAGGAGCUUGUCAUCCCCAAAGACCCCCUCAGCGCAGUCCUGGCCUUAAACUCUGCCAAAGCAGAAGAAUUUUCCCGGUGUCUGGAGGUGCUUGUGGAUGAAAUGGAGCAGAGCGGAGCGGAGUUUCAGAAAGGUGGAGAUGUGAGGGCCAGGCUGACCUCACUGCCCUUUCAGCCUCAGAAGGAGCUGUUUAACAGGGUGUUUGGCUGUGGGAAGCGGUGUCCCUUCUGCAAGCUGGUGAGGGAGGCAGAUGGAAUGCCCCAGUUGCAGCAGUGA